CACCGAGUGUCAAAUAUUGUUUUACUUCAUAUUAGUAUUGAAUAAGUGAAAUUUAAUACAGCUAGAAAGAACAAACCUAACAAUUACAUAAUGGAACACACUUGCCAAUAUUACUAAAAUUUAGGGUAUCUGAUUUAUAAGGGAGAGUGUCCCUUGGUUGGAGAGAGCUGUCAAUCAUACAGCAACUGCUGAAAAUGUUAUCAACAAUUGUGAAAGAACACCAGAGCAAGCAAGCAGCAAGGAAAGAAAGACAAGAGCAAAAACGAAAAGAAGCUGUUCAGGCUGCCAGCAACUUGACUCAAGCGCUUGUUGAUCAUCUAAAUGUAGGGGUGGCUCAAGCAUAUUUAAAUCAGAAGAAAUUAGAUGCAGAAGCGAAGCAACUACAGCAUAGUGCAACUAAUUUUGCCAAACAAACACAGUUAUGGUUGAAUCUGGUGGAAUCUUUUUCAAGUUCUUUGAAAGAAAUUGGAGAUGCUGAAAAUUGGGCACGCAGUAUAGAAGGAGAUAUGAGAACAAUAGCUACUGCCUUGGAAUACUCAUAUAAAGCUACACAGGAAAAUCAAAGUGUGGGCAAUGUUUGAAAAGAACAACACCAUAUGUUAUUGGUUUACAAUUAUAUAAAAAUUUUGUAAUAAUUCUGUGGUAUAAAGGAGUUUGUGUUAAAAUAAGAUGAUAGUAUAAUUUAAGUUAUAAAGGAAAACAUUUUGUACAUAAUUU